CAUUUCUUAUCGAUCGAAGUCGUGUUGUCAAAGGAUUCGUGUCAUUCAAUUUUCUAAUUCAAAAACACGAUUUAAAUUGCAAUUUUAUUACUAAAAAACAGCACACAAGUUGUAUUAAAAGAUAUAAUGAAGACUUUUAUAGCUACAAUUUGUAAAAUUCUACUUUUCGUACUUAUUGUUUUUAGUAUAAUCCCGUAUGUUCUGUCCAAAAGUGAUGCGGUGAAAAAAUUGCAAAUUGGUGUGAAAAAACGGCCGGAUAAUUGUCCAAUUAAAAGCAGGAAAGGAGAUAUGCUUUAUAUGCAUUACACGGGAACAUUGGAAGACGGCACAGAAUUUGACAGUUCUAUUCCUCGAGGCAACCCUCUUACAUUCACACUCGGUUCCCGGCAAGUCAUCAAAGGCUGGGACCAGGGACUCCUUGGUAUGUGUGAAGGGGAACAGAGAAAGCUAGUGAUCCCACCGGAGCUCGCAUACGGGGCAAAGGGUUCUCCACCGAAGAUCCCUGCACACGCUACGUUGAUAUUCCACGUUGAGUUGGUUAAAAUUAAACGGAAUGAUGAGCUAUAGAUUUAGGUGAAAUCGUACAAGUCAUAGAUAAUUGUACAUUUACAUAGUAUGUACAUAAAAUUAUUAUGUACAUGAAACUAAGUAAGUGAUACACAUCUUUGUAUUACUUAUCUAUGGAUAUUAAACAGUUAACAUAAAGAUAUUAUGUUUCAUACCUUAUAAGGUUACCAACAUUCCAAAAAAUUAUUAUGGUUACCUUAUAUGUAAAACUAGGUAAGCGUUUUUUUUUUUAAAUGACAUUCACAUUUGAUUUUUCUUAACAGAACCUCGCUAUUAUUAAUCGCUAUAACAUUAUAUUAUUAUUUAACAAGUCAAGGUUUUGUUGAAAGUCAUAUCAGAAUGUGGUCUUUCAUAAAGGCGCCAACAUGUUUUUUUACAAUAAGGUGACAAUAUACUAAGUCAAAGAUAAAUUAUGAAAUUCUGAUUACUAAAUAAAGACAGAUCUACUGACAAAA